AACUUAAACCCUACAGUUCGGUGUUCUGUUCACCAGAAGUGCAUAUUCCAUCAUUUCCGGCGUCGUUUCCCAGCCGGCGAUCGGUAGCCAUAGAGGAUAUAAUGCCUAUUAAGCUGCCGUCGCAGCUCCGUCUCCUCAGCCCGUCUCUUCAGAUCGCCCAUUUCUCCUCCAUGAAUCCCCGAGCCUCCUUUCACUCCUACCGGGCAUCGCCUGCUUUCCGUCGAAUCUUCCCCUUCAAGCUCAAAUAUCUAUGGUUGUCUUGCCACAUUAACGAGCAACCUGGAGUAAGGAGAUUAUCGACCCGGCCGUUUCAACACAGGUCAGGGUCAGGUUUCGGUCGUAGCAAUAAUAGAGGAGAUGUUCGUGCUUCGAAAAGCCUGAUCGAGGACGAGGCUGAACUCAGUGACUGGGUCAGCGACUUGAGGACCGACUCGUUCCGUGGCCGACUGACCAGCGAAGACGAGGAUAGGGAUGCAGAUAGGGCUCGCAAUAGAGCAAGGAGUAGAGACAGAGAGGGAAAUAGGGGACGGGGUUCGGUGAAGAGGCGGAGAGAGAGUGAAUGGGACGAGUUUGGUGAGUCCAGGGGGAGGAGAAAUCGUGGCGACUCGUUUAACUCCUUUUCGAGGACUUCACGAAUUGGUAAGCGGUUUGAUAGUGAACAAGAGGAUGACGACGAUGAUGAUGUGGAGGAAUUGUAUUCUCGGAAAAAGGGUCUUAGGACUAAGAGAGAGAAUGGGAAUGCUAAUCCGUGGAAGGGGAAGAGAAAUGAUCUGAAUUUGGAUUCGAGAAAUCCGAGGAAAGUGGGGAAGGGUUUGAGAAGAGAAGCAAAAUUCCCAGAGGACGAAGAAGAUGGAGGUGAUUUUGAGGAGGAGAGGAGGGUAAUGGGUGGUCUUGGAGAAUUGCUUAGUGAGGAAAGUAGUGAUGUUGAAGACGAUGAAGACGAUGAAGACGAUGAAGAUGGAGUCUUUAGGAAGAAUCCCAGUUCUGCAUUUGAAUUGGAGAAGGACAACAGUGAGAACAGUGGACGGAGAAGUUCACCAGGGAAAUCUGACUCCUAUUUAAGCGAAACCAGAUUUGACCAGUGUUCGAUCUCUCCAUUGUCAUUAAAGGGAAUUAAAGAUGCUGGCUACCAAAAGAUGACUGUGGUACAGGAGGCAACUCUUCCAGUAAUACUCAAAGGGAAGGACGUUUUGGCUAAGGCUAAAACAGGCACAGGAAAGACUGUAGCAUUUUUGCUUCCAUCAAUUGAAGUUGUAGCAAAAUCACCUCCUGUUGAUCGUGAUGUAAAACGACCUCCAAUUCUUGUGCUUGUGAUAUGCCCAACUAGAGAGCUUGCAAGUCAAGCUGCUGCAGAAGCUAAUACCUUAUUGAAGUAUCAUCGUACUAUUGGAGUCCAAGUUGUCAUAGGAGGUACAAGACUUGCUCUAGAACAAAAGCGCAUGCAGGCAAACCCUUGCCAGAUACUUGUUGCUACACCUGGAAGGCUCAGAGACCAUAUUGAGAAUACUGCAGGAUUUGCAACAAGGUUGAUGGGUGUGAAAGUCCUUGUGCUUGAUGAAGCUGAUCAUCUUUUGGACAUGGGUUUUCGCAAGGACAUUGAGAAGAUAAUUGCUGCUGUCCCAAAACAACGCCAGACACUUUUAUUUUCUGCGACAAUUCCAGAAGAGGUCCGUCAAAUCUGUCACAUUGCUUUGAAAAGAGAUCAUGAGUUCAUUAAUACUGUUCAAGAAGGCAGUGAGGAGACAAAUGUACAGGUCAGACAAAUGCAUAUGGUUGCUCCCCUAGAUGGGCAUUUUCCUCUAUUAUUUGUCCUUCUGAAAGAACAUAUUGCAGAUAAUGUUGACUACAAGGUCCUUGUAUUCUGUACAACUGCUAUGGUAACAAGACUAAUGGCAGACCUUCUAGGUGAGCUGAAACUGAAUGUUAGAGAGAUACAUUCUAGAAAGCCACAGAGUUAUAGAACCAGAGUUUCUGAAGAAUUCCGCAAGUCAAAAGGUCUUAUUCUUGUGACUUCUGAUGUAUCUGCUCGAGGAGUUGAUUAUCCCGAUGUUACCCUAGUUGUACAGGUGGGCUUGCCAGCUGACAGAGAACAGUACAUACAUAGACUAGGUAGAACUGGUCGCAAAGGUAAAGAAGGCCAAGGUAUUUUGUUGCUAGCUCCAUGGGAGGAGUUCUUUUUGUCGACCAUCAAGGAUUUGCCAAUAACAAAGGCUACCUUACCUUCAGUAGAUCCAGACACAAAGAAAAAGGUGGAACGGGCACUUUGUCACGUGGAGAUGAAGAACAAAGAAGCAGCAUACCAAGCCUGGCUUGGUUAUUACAACUCCAAUAAGAAAGUAGGCAGGGACAAGUACAGACUUGUGGAGCUUGCAAAUGAAUUCAGCCGAAGCAUGGGACUUGAGAAUCCUCCUGCAAUUCCGAAGCUCAUUCUCAACAAGAUGGGCCUCAGGAAUAUCCCUGGAUUGCGUUCCAAAUAAGUAGAUGAGAAGACCUGUGUAGAAUAUUAAAACAGGAUAAUUCCUUUGCAAAAAUCAACUAUUCAUUUCCAUCAAUUUUAUCCCCAGGUUUCCUUCUAUAAAUCUAAUUUUGUUGCAUUGAAUGAAUUCUAUAGCCAGAAUUUGUUUGGAUAAUGAUACCUGGACAACCCAUUUGAAAUGUGUAUACAAUAUCAUGUGUUCUACGCAUCAUGAGACGCUGUAAACAAGUAAAUUUGUAUUAUAAAA